AUAUUAACUUGCUAAAGACCUUUGGUUGCCAGUCUUAUAUGCACUCACUAAAGUAGAACAUAAAUUAGUAGUUUAUUAAGAUGUUAAAGUUUCUGUUGGUUUUUUGUGCUUGUGUCUACACAGUGACUGCUGGAAAGCAUGAUGCCUACAGGAGUUAUUCAGUCCACAAUGUCCAAGUGAGAGACAUGUCCGACCUCCAACUCCUCCAGGAUCUCCAGUUAAACCUAGGAGUGGAUAUCUGGGAACAUGGCAUGGCAGGCGUAAGAGACGCGGUAGUGAUGGUCUCGCCAGAAAAAGCUCGGAGCUUCCUGGAAGCUUUAGACGAGAAUGGAAUAGCUCACUCGCUCCAUAUCGCUGAUGUUGCCAAAUCACUAGAAGAACACGAAAAUGACCUAGCAUCAUACAGAAGCAGCCGACAAAACAGAAUGAUCUUCAACGACUAUCCGCGAUAUGCUGAGGUAGACGCCUAUAUGGAGAGGAUAGCGGCCACCUAUCCCAACCUAGUCACGUUGGUCAACGCUGGACCCAGCUUUGAAGGCCGUGACAUCAAAUACUUGAAGAUUUCAACAUCAAACUUCACGGACGCGAGCAAGCCGAUCUACUUCAUGGACGCGAUGAUGCACGCGCGCGAGUGGGUGACCACACCCGUGGCGCUGUACUCCAUCCACCGGCUGCUGGAGAACAGGCGGCCCGAAGACCAGGACCUGCUCGACGACAUCGACUGGAUCAUCCUGCCCAUCGUCAACCCUGAUGGAUACGAAUUCUCACACACUGAUGACCGUCUUUGGCGUAAAACUCGCUCCGUGAACCUAAACGUGAGCACUGAGUGCGUCGGAGUGGACGCCAACAGAAACUUCGACAUCGCCUUCAAUACUCUCGGCGUCUCCCCCAACCCUUGCGAAGAGACCUUUCCGGGUCCUUAUGCUUUCUCCGAGGUCGAAACUGCGUACAUUCGCGACAUUCUCUUCGAAUACCUUCCCCGAAUCCAACUUUACAACAACAUCCACAGCCACGGAAACUACAUUUUUUUCGGUUUUGGUAAUAGGACCCUGACGCCUAACGCCGUCCAUUUGCACCAUGUAGGCUCAGCUAUGGGGGCCAUUAUGGACACGAUGAAAUUAUUCCAAGCACGCUUUUAUUUAGUUGCAAACAGUGGGAUAGUAUUGUAUCCUACAUCUGGAACGGCUCAGGAUUAUGCACAAGAAAUCGGUGUCCAAUUCUCCUACACCCUGGAGUUACCAGGCUACGGGUACGGCUUCACGGUGCCGCCGUGGUUCAUGGCCCACAUGGUGAAGGAGACGUGGGAAGGCAUCGCCGUCUCGGCUCGGCUGGCCAGGAUCCACUACAGGAGACGUUUCACUAAAGCUCCCACCGGUCUCGUAUUAGAGAUAUUGUAACACUUUUUUUAAUUUUGUAAUAAAUGUGAAAAGGUAUUUUGUGUUUUCAUUGACACCUAAAGGGACAGGAGUUAUAAGUUUAACUAUGUCUCUA